UGUCAUUCGUAUAGUCCGUCAGUCGUGUUAUUCGCAAGACUUGCAAAUAAUGGCCACAUAUUUGGUGGACAAGGGGUCAGACCUGAGCUGGUCUUGUGUGGUGAACGGGGAUACAUAUGGCGGGUCCGGUACUUAUGAUAACAAUCGCCGAUACGAUAACAACUACAACCCCAACGACCCUAACCGUCCGUAUGACCCCAAUCGACAAGACAGCCGUUACGGCGGUAGCGGUAGCUAUGGGGGCAGUUAUGGCGGUAGUGGUAGUAGUUAUGGGGGCAGCGGUAGUCAAUACGAUCGGGACAGAUAUGAUAGGGAUAGGGAUCGUUUGAAUGAUAGGAACAGAUAUGACCAAAACUACGACAGAGAUAGGGAUAGGUAUGGAGGAAGUGGUGGAAGUUAUGGGGGACAGACGGGAACCAUUGACCGUUUCGGAGGCUAUUAUCCAACCACUGACUCAUGUCUGGAGAAGUCUGGAUACUUCGUGAGGAGCUGUGAGGACACACUCGUCCAGAGACAGAGAGACGCCAGAGAAGGCCGCAGUAGUACUGAUGUCCAGCGAAGGAUCUGU